AUGUUGUUUCUACUUCACAAGGCUCGUCGCCCGCUCGGCGACCGUCCGUACGCUAUGAAGGCCUUGAAGGACGCCAAGCGCAUACUCAUUCAGGGUAACGACACCGACUGUGGAGUGUUCGUGUGUAUGUACCUGAACGGACUGGUCAGCACGGGAUUCAAGACGGUGUUUACCUGGGUGUCAUGCAACGGCGUCACAUCACGCACCUACAGGAGAGGCAUGCGCAGGGAUGUGGCCAGUCAUGCAGUGGGGGAGCUGUUUGUGCAGCUGUACAUGGAGGAAGUCGAGGUGCUGCCCCAGCCGCAUGCGCGUGUAGACGACGACGGUUGCAUGCUGUUUCCAACGGAGGACGAGGUCAGAACGGACCUGGCGCAGCUGUCCCCCGAUAGGAACAGCAUGGAGGUGGAUGGUGUCCUCUUGGCAGCCGCCGUAAUGAGUAUCGCCUCAGCGCUUGGGUUCACCCAGGAUCAGCUGGAAGCGGCGUGUGCCCAUGAGUUGGGUACGCAUGGGACGGGACUCCUCAGGCGGUCAAGCAUGGGCGACAGGAUGCGGGAGCGUGAGGCGGCGUCGAGUUUGCUGACCAGACUCCUACACAACUCCCCCGCACCACUACCUCAACCCCGGUUUAUUAGUGUUAACUUCCCGUACACUGAUGGCGCUGGCGACGAGCAACAAAGGGGACACGUCUCUAAGACUGCCAAUCCAAAGACACCAGACAGGACGCCCGUGAAGGGUCAUGGUGCCGGCGUCCGCAUGCCAAGGACCAGGGCCACCAAGGUGAAGGCAAGCGGUACAGGGGGUCUGGUGAAACGUGGGGGAACGAGCGAGUACACCGGGGUGUGGUACGACCUCCGAGAGGAGGACGCGGCGUAUGCGUACGCCGCUGGCGCGUUUGUGAUCAGACGGAAGGACCACUUCCCCAAGAUGAUGUCAUUGUCAGAUGCGGAGAUGGCUGCACUGGAGGGGGCUAUCGUGGAUGACGUUAGGCAUCUUGUACAGAAGCGCAAAUGGUACAGGUGGAGGGAGUGGCGUAAAGCCAUGGACUACAUUGGUGUACUGCCAGGAACACCCUUCAAGCCGGAGCCAGGUGCGGAGUCGCCUCCAACGAAAGCAGAGGCAGCUGAUAGCGAUACUCGAGAUGCUGAAGAAGAUGAGGAUCUGGUGAGCGAGGAUGACAAUGGGGGAGAAGACACGUCGACGCCCCCUCGCGACGCGAGAGAUGAUCGGGAUGGCUCGAGCUCUUCGUCGCGCGAGACGACGUCGAAUCGCCGCAAGGCUGGAACGGCCCGGUCGCAGGAGGAUGCGCGCACCGCGCGGAGUGGAAAGAGGAGCAGGGACCCAGACCUAGAGGACGAUGAAGGGCGUGAAGAACCUGCAGCGACGGGCCCGGGCCCAGUGUCGUCAGACGACGACCCAAACGAAGCUCUUCCAAGGGUCAAUCCGCGCGUCGACGGCGACGAAGACGCCACACAGGAGGAGGCCUCAGAUUCCGCGCCCGUGACCAGGGCGGAGAUGACGGCGCUGCGCAAGAUGCAGAUGGACACGGCAGCUACAAUGGCACGGCUGGAGACGGCACUGCUGGCCUCGCUGGCCAACCACCAGGCGAAGAAGCGCAAACGUGACAACGCAAGAGGCGAGUGCGACAGGGUCAACCCACGUGCGGACGUCGAGCUCACCGAUCCUGCAGUGUGCGCUGAAGGAAUCUGCGAGCAGCUGUGUGUGCAUCCCUUCAUCAACACUCCAGACGCGCAGAUGCCGUUCUACCCCAGUAGUGCGGCGAAGAGUGCCGGGCUAUGCGCUGUAAUUGAGCGUCUGACUCCCACCUUUGCUGCUCUCGCAAUGGCUGCGGACAAAGCGUGUCGCGCUGACCUGAACCGUACGCUGAGCGAUUGGAAGACGGCGGCCGCGGGCAGGGUGCGAGACAUCGCUCUGCCGAAGCUGGGACUUUUCCGCGACGAGAGGGACGCGAGCAGCCCGUGGGCUGCACCAAGGGCCCGGUCGGCUGCGAGAGUUCAGGAGCGUCUUCUUCUGACGCUCGAUGGGGAGGGUAAGGCUGUCAACCUGGUUGGUUUUUGCUUGGGCGGUUGCAACAUAAUGACGCACGUAUGGCCGGAUGGUUGUUGUGCAGACCACUUCGUGAUCUCCAAGUGGAGCGAGGACAGGCGCGGCAUGCCAUUUGCGUCGGGCGCAUUUGCUGCUUGCGCUCGCGCGGCGUUCAGGCCCCGGAUGGUGAACGGGACGCUGACGUUGAAGCUGUAUCACAUGGCGUGGCUCGAACACGUGGUGACCGACGCGAUCCGCUUCUGGGACACCCGCAAGGGCAGGCUCUCGAACUCUGCGGGUGUCAACGCGCAGAUCGUGGACGGCCUCCGCGAGUGCGCGCUCGUGGACGUCAUGGCUGCCAUCGAGCAGUACCAGCUGCAGUACGACCCCACGACGUCGUCGUGGGCGUGGGGCCGCCAUGGGCUGCGCUUGUCUGCGGAUGGAGUUGAGAGGCAGGAGCCCGCCAAGCAGGCACACAGCGAGAGCGACGGCUAG